CGCCCCCAAAGCCCGGUGACGUGGAGCAGGGCGGUAAUCCCGGAGCGAGCUGGAGCUACGCGGACCGGCCGCCUCACAGCACAGCGCACCGUGCACUGCGGAGGAGCUCGGCCAGCAUGCCGCGCGUCUACAUCGGGAGGCUCAGCUACCACGUCCGGGAGAAGGACAUCCAGAGGUUCUUCAGCGGCUACGGGAAGCUGCUAGAGAUUGACCUGAAAAAUGGGUAUGGUUUUGUGGAGUUUGAAGACACGCGUGAUGCAGACGAUGCUGUGUAUGAGCUGAACGGCAAGGACCUGUGUGGAGAACGUGUCAUUGUGGAGCACGCGAGAGGACCGCGGCGGGAUCGCGAUGGAUACGGUGGGGGUUAUGGGGUUCUGGGUGCAGUGAGUGCAGCCCGUCUAGUUGGCUUGCACAAAGGCAGCUCGGGGGGGGGGGGGGGGGGGGGUGGGGGGGGGGGCAGUAGUGGCUACAGCAGCAGAAGUCGUACUGGCAGAGAUAAAUAUGGCCCUCCCGUCCGUACGGAGUACCGUCUCAUUGUGGAGAACCUGUCCAGUCGCUGCAGCUGGCAGGACCUCAAGGACUUCAUGCGCCAAGCAGGAGAAGUCACUUAUGCCGACGCCCACAAGGAGCGCACGAAUGAGGGCGUCAUUGAGUUCCGCUCCUAUUCAGACAUGAGGAGAGCCCUCGACAAGUUGGAUGGCACCGACAUCAAUGGCCGCAGGAUUCGUCUGGUAGAAGACAAGCCACGCCGUCGUCGCUCAUACUCCGGCAGUCGAUCUAGGUCCCGCAGUAGGAGACGGUCGCGUAGCAGAAGCCGCAGAAGCAGCCGCUCUCGUAGUAACUCUCGAUCUCGAUCACGGUCUCGUUCCCGCAGCAAGCGACGGUCCCGUUCCAGGUCUGGCGGUAAAUCCCGCUCCAGGUCUGGCCGCAAGUCUCGGUCCAAGUCCCCGGCCCGCAAGUCCCGGUCCCGUUCCCGCAAGUCUCAUUCUCGAUCUCGUACCAGGAAAUCUCAUAGCCACUCAGCGGACCGCAAGUCUCGGUCUCGCUCCCAUAGCCGCAAGUCCCGCUCAAAGAGUCGCUCUAAGCCGAGGUCCGACCAUGCCUCCAGAAGUCGCUCCAAGGAGAAGUCCGUCACCAAGAAGUCCCACUCUCCAUCCUCCAUGGAAAACUUUAAAGCUGAGCGAGCAAAGUCUGCGUCACGUUCUCCAUCCCCCCAGGAUGACGUCCGUCGCUCAAAGUCUCCUGCCAAACGGUCGCCCUCCCGCUCUCCAUCGCGAUCCAAGUCUCGCUCGAGGUCUGCCUCUCAGGACUAACUAUACGUAAUCCAAUCAUGCUUAGCUGGAUGCUCAUUUGGGCUGGCUGUUUUUGAAAUUGUUUAGUAUUCUUACUUUCGAUCCUUUUGUAUAAAUACUUGCUAGUGAACCUAAUCAAAUAUCACGUUUGGACAUAAAAUGGUAGAUAUUGCACGGGGUGGUCAGGUUGGACAGCUGCUGUGUUACUGAUGUGUAUACCCGAUGGGAAGCUAAAUCGUUAACACACUUUACCUUUCUGCUAUUUUUCCUCCCAUUUGCCAAAUCUAACUUUUUUUUUUUGUCCCACAAAUACCUAAAAAAAACGUGCUUUGGGGGCGUUAGUACUGGACUGAGUUGUGACUGAUGUGACAAAAGUAGGUUGUAGCAGUUGGAUCAUUCUUACAGUGUCUGUGGUAGUUUUGAAGUUCUCUAAACAGUAACCUAGCAUGCUAUCUUAAGAAUUCCUAACAGUUCCACCUUUAUAUUUGGAAUGUCCCUUUUUACUGUUUUAUAAAUGUUUUUCAGACUUUUUUUUUUUUUUGGGAUGUGCAUGACGUCAGUCAUAGUGAAGAUGUUUGUUCUGUCGAACAGUACAAAACAUGGCAGUGUACAUUUUUGAUAGCCCAGCCUUCUCUUGACUUAAAUAUUUGUUAAACUGGUUUCAGUGGUGUUAGAAAUCUGUGUAAUGAAUCAUCAAUUUGUGUAAAUCAGGUUAAACCAUUUCCUGUUUUUUCCCUUCGUAGAGAAAUUCAUUUAUACUUUACCUCUUUUGUUUGUAAUGUACAAAUGAGUUUAAUAAAUAGUUGAUUUAA